GGGUGGUCAGGCUACGCGGGGUGUUUUUCCCUAAACGAGGCUUGGCAUUCAGAAUUAUGGAUCAGGGCCAACAUAACGGCUCACCACACUGACGUAGUGGCCUGUACAGAGAGCUGCUGGAACAGUCGAAGACGAUUUGCUUUUCUUAAGGCCUACUCUUUGUGUAUGUGUGCUGACGUCAUCCAGGGAGUAGACAAGACCAGGGAUGUCCAAUGCAACUUGCCCUGCUUCAAGAACCGAACCCACGCCUGUGGGGGCAAGGGGCACUUUAGCGUCUACUACACUGGAUACGUCCAGGAACCAGAGUUUACUCAGAUCAAGGAAGAAGACAUUCCGAAAGUUUACGACAGCUGCUACGAGGACCGCACUCACAGAACCCUGUGUCCAGCUCGCGUGACGUCACCACGCUUGACAGUAGCCAUGUGUCUGGGAAUGUGUGAGGAUGCCCGCUACCGUUACGCUUCUCUUGGUAGUCCAGACAAGUGUUGCUGCGGUAACUCCCUCCAGGGCGCCGAUCACGUGACCAAGAGUCUGUGUCCUCUCUCUUGUCGGGGCUCUACCGCACAGCCGUGUGGUGGGGGGAGUGGUUAUUUCUCUGUUUACCUCACUGCCAGUGAUGUGAAGCUGAUACCGUAACGAUGUCAUAAGUACAAUCGAAACUGCCCAGGACGGCCAUCUAUUGUUGAAGAGAAAAGUGGGUGUUCAGUGAACGUUUUGGAAAAUGUCAUUUAAUGUUAACGAUAUGAAAAUAAAUCUCAAAGAAGAAGUAGGACGUGGUUGUUUAAAUGUGUGGUUGUCUUGGGCAGGUGGUCCUCAGAAAAGCUCGACUGUGGCUAUAUACUAUCACUACAAUAUUAGCAAAAAAUCCAUCCAGAUUUAUAUAAUCGUGUAUUUGGCAUAUUAUCUGUGUAUCUUCGUUUCUGUGUAUUUUUAUCUUCAUGUACCAAACGUGUAUUGAAGCGCUUAUGUA